CGGUCUGGUUCUUCUCAAUCAGUUUCGGAGAGUGCGAGGACGAAAACACCUCGUGUUGCUUGUUCUGGUCGGUGUCACUGUACCAGUUCAUCACUGUCAUUCAGAAAUGCAGAGUUCCCUGCAAUUCCAAUCUUCAAACCCCGGCGUAGUUCCGAGCUGGAAGAAUGCUUUCACCGGCAACAUCCACGCACAACGCAACCUCUUGUGCACAAAACGCCACACCCUUCCCAAACCCUUGUGCUCUCUCACCGUACAAUCUCAUCAACCACCGCAUUACACCUCCACCGUUGGAUCUUCACCACCGCUUCAUCUCUCUCAUUGGAACCUCACACAGCGUCAUCUCACCGUUCUCCAAGUCUUCGCCUGCGUGACAGGGAUAUGUGCAACGUGGCUGUUUUGCUCUGCGAUUCCGGCGCUUCUGGCUUUCAAGAGAGCAGCAGAAUCAAUGGAGAAGCUGAUGGAUGCCACCAGGGAGGAGCUUCCCAACACCAUGGCUGCAAUUCGAUUAUCCGGCAUGGAAAUCAGUGACUUAACCACUGAGCUCAGUGAUAUAGGCCAAGAGAUUACCCAUGGCGUUAGAAGCUCCACUCGCGCGGUUCGCUUGGCGGAGCAGAGGCUGCGCCGGUUCACCACUGUGCCUCCUCCUUCUUCAGCUUCAUUCCAGGGAACGAGCAUCCAAAAGAUUGAGGCUGACCCGGGUGCACCUGCGGUAGCCAGAGCUGCAAGGGGUGUGAGAGAGGGCAUUGUCAAGGGUCGUGCUAUCUUGCAAAUGUUUUUCACCCUCGCCCGAUAUUCCAAGUUUGCUCUCAACUAUAUCACUGGACGUAGAUAAUGCUAGGGGCCAGAGAAAAUACUAGAUCUCUUCAUGGUGAGCAUCAAUGUUCUCUUAUCUCUCUCUCUCUCUCUCUCUCUGUGUAUGUGUCUCCUUUUUCCUCACUCUUUUAUAGAGAUUUUGCAUUUCCCCUUUUAAUUACUGGUAUUUGUAAUGCAAAGAAAAAAAAAACGAAUAACUAUUCUCCACUUCUGCUCUCUAUUUGUGGUGUUGGUCUUAUGUUUGUUCCCGGAUGGUUUGAUCAUGCACUCUUGCCAUUUUGUAUAUUUACAUAUUGCAAUAGAAUAGAGUGACUACACAGGCAUUUUCCUUUA